GACUUCUUGUGCUGUUCACGCCCCAGGAACGGACAGGUUGUGGAUUUAUGCGGUCAAAAUUUGAUCGAUCUAGUUUUAUUCUCGGUACUUUUCUGUUUUUGGUGCAUAACUAUUUCCAGAAUGAGGCUGCGGUGUUUGGUCCCAGCUCUGUGUUUGUGUGUGAGCGUGAUGGCGGGGAAGUACUCCCGGGAGGUGAACGAGCCCCGGCCCAGGGAUGAGCCGGAGUUCAGGAUAGCGAAGCUGAACCAGGUGUGGGAGAAAGCCAACAGGAUGCAGCUGUCCCCAGUUCAAUUGGCUGAGCUGCACAGUGACCUAAAGAUCCAGGAGAAAGAUGAGCUGCAGUGGAAAAAAAUGAAGGUGGAAGGACUGGAUGAAAGCGGGGAGAAAGAAGCCCAACUCAGACGCAGCUUCAAUGUGAUCCUGGCCAAGUAUGAAAUGGAUGGGAAAAGGGACACACGGUCGUUGGAGAGCAACUCACUGAAAAACCACGACACCCAAGAGGAAUAUGCAUUUAAUGAUCCCAGACUGGACAAACUCUGGAGCAAGGCCCAGAGCUCCGGAAAGUUCUCCAGUGAGGAGCUUCUGGUCCUGAAGAGAGAGUUCCAACACCACAAAGACAAGAUGCACGAGUACAAAGUCUUGAUGGAUACUGUUAGCAGGACUGAGGCGAUACACAAGAACGUGAUCUCUCCCUUGGAAGGUGAUGCCAAAGAGCACGUAUUGCAGCAGAAGCACACACAGCUAAAGGAGAAAAUGAGAAAUCUCAACCUUGGCUUUGAGCGCAUCCACAAAAUCAGCCACGAAGGCUUCACCGAAAACAGUGAGUUCCGGGAGCCCCGUGUCAUUGAAUUGUGGGAGACUGCCAAGCUUGGCAAUCUCACCAAAGAUGAGCUAGACUCUCUAAAGGAGGAGUUGUAUCAUUUUGAGACCAAGGUGGAGAAGCACAGCCAUUAUCAAGAGCAGCUGGAGCUGUCCCAUCAGAAGCUGCAACAUGUAGAGGCUUUAGGAGACAAAAAGCACAUAAAACAAACCCUGGAAAAGUACAAUACUCUUGCCGAGAAGACUAGAGAAAUGGGUUACAAGAUGAAGAAACACAUGCAAGACCUGUCCAAUAAGAUCUCACGCCAAGGUCUCCAGCACAAUGAACUCUGAGUGGCUCUGACCCUGAUCGCCAUCAUCUGUGUGGAAUAAUAGCUGACGCAAAAGCCAAACACAACACAUACUGGACUUUAUCAUUUCAAAUUAGAAUUAAUUUGUAAAAAUCCAUGGAAGGUUUUCUACUUUUUUCUUGUGUAUAAAUCACUGAAUAAACAAAAUAUGGGUUAAAAAAUUA